UUUAUCUACAGAGUAGAUUCAGGAGAACGUAGACUGAUACAGAGUCCUCAACGUUCCUUUUAUCUCGUUUCCUUUUAGCUCUAUGUACACUUGCCCAGUCUGUCUUUUACUUUCUAUUCUCAGUCACUCUUCCAAAUUCCUCUCUAUAACAACAAUGCUAUAUAUAAACACAACCAAUUCAGCAUCACACCAUCACGGCUCCAAUGGCGUCGUCUAAGAUGACUUUGUUCAUGGUCAUUUUGGCCCUCAGUUUCUCCUUCCUUCAAACCCAAGCUAGAGUAUUACUAUCCAAACCAGCUCCGGCUGGCUUUCCCUUCCCUCAAACCCAAUCCACAGUUGUCCCUGACCCUUCACCUUUCUUUGCCUCAAACCUCCUCCAAACUCCACUCCCCACAAACUCUUUCUUCCAAAACUUUGUACUCAACAAUGGCGACGUAGCCGAAUAUUUCCACCCCUACAGCUUCAGAUUCUCCAACUCAUCCCUCACUCUAUCUUAUCCAACCCGUAUCGCAACCUCCGCUUCCGUACUCCAGAACUUCACAGCUGACCUUAGCAUCUCCGCCACACAAAACAACCAGCAACAACAUCAGGUAGUCUCCUCCUUCAGUGACCUCGGCGUCACUCUUGACAUCCCCUCCUCCAAUCUCCGCUUCUUCCUUGUCAAGGGAAGCCCCUAUCUGACAUGCAAUGUGUCCAAUCCCACCGCGCUUUCCAUCUCCACCACUCAUGCAAUCACCACACUAUCUCCAAAUACAGACCGCAACAAGUACACAAUCAGUCUCAACAACAACCAGACAUGGCUUCUGUACUCGUCCUCCCCGAUUGGUCUCACCAACAGCAACCCUUCACUGAUCACAUCUGAUUCAUUUUCCGGCGUUAUAAGGGUUUCAUUGUUGCCAGGUUCUGAUUUUGAGGAGGUUCUAGACCAGCACAGUUCUUCUUACCCGGUUUCCGGUGAAGCCCUCUUCACAGAGGCGUUUACUUUGGAGUAUACAUGGGAGAAAGCAGGGAAUGAGGACUUGCUUAUGCUAGCUCAUCCUCUUCAUCUUCAGCUUCUUUCUGUUGAGGACAGAAAUGUCACUGUUCUUGACCAAUUCAAGUACAGAAGCAUUGAUGGUGACCUUGUUGGUAUUAUAGGCGACUCUUGGGUGUUGAAAACACAGCCUAUUCCAGUCACUUGGCAUUCCAUUAAUGGUAUCAAAGACAAUGCAUCAAUACCAGAGAUCAUUGCCGCUCUUUCGAAAGAUGUUCAGGCUAUAACUUCGACGCCAAUAUCAAUAACGGCUUCAUAUUUCUAUGGCAAGUUGAUUGCCAAGGCGGCGAGGCUUGCUUUGAUUGCUGAAGAGGUGGGUUCUAAUGAUGUGAUUCCAACCAUUAAAAAGUUCUUGGAGGAUGCAGUUGAGCCAUGGUUGAGUGGGACUUUCGCUGGGAAUGGUUUCUUGUAUGAAGGUAAAUGGGGUGGACUUGUAACGAAAAAUGGAGCAGUGGAUAAAAAUGCUGACUUUGGGUUUGGAAUAUAUAAUGAUCACCAUUACCACAUUGGCUACUUUCUUUAUGCAAUCUCAGUGGUUGCAAAGCUUGACCAGGCUUGGGGCUUAAAAUACAAGGAGCAAGCUUAUUCUCUUGCAGGAGAUUUCAUGAACUUAAACAGGCAGCCAGAUUCAAGUUAUCCGCUGUUGAGGAACUUUGAUCUCUACAAUUUGCAUUCAUGGGCUGGAGGGUUAACUGAAUUUGCAGAUGGACGGGAUCAAGAGAGCACAAGUGAGGCAGUGAAUGCUUACUACUCGGCUGCAUUGAUGGGGUUAGCCUAUGGAGACACUAAUCUCACCGCCACCGCAUCAUUGCUUGCAGCACUUGAAAUCCAAGCAGCUCAAAAGUGGUGGCAUGUGCACCAAGGAGAUAACAUGUAUGAGGACGUUUUCUCAAAUGCAAAUGCGAUCACAGGAGUAGUGUGGUCUAAUAAGAGAGACACUGGACUUUGGUUUGCUCCUCCAGAGUCUAAAGAAAUCAGGCUUGGAAUUCAGGUUCUUCCGAUUUCGCCUAUCACUGAGGUCUUGUUCUCUAAUGUCAGCUAUGUCAAGGAACUGGUAGAAUGGACAGCACCGGCUUUGACUAGGGAGGGAGUUACAGAUGCAUGGAGAGGGUUUGAUUAUUCCUUGGAAGGGAUAUACAACAAAGAAGAUGCUUUGCCGAAGAUUGAAAAUUUGGGUGGUUUUGAUGAUGGGAACUCACUUACCAAUCUUCUGUGGUGGAUCCACAGCAGAGGUUAGUAAGUAGAGGAAUUUGGAGUUUGAAGUUAAAUGCUUAGAUGGCUGGUAUUACUUUGCU